UUUAUGUAAUAAAUACACCUUGGCGAGCAAACGUGAAUUCAGAUCUGGGAACUAUUAAGAGUCUGGCAGUACAGAACGCUCGCAGGCAAUGACAUUACUAAGAAAGGCUCUAUGUGCAUUUUGCAUGAUUGUUGUAAUACCAGUCAUGUGCAAAGCACAGUAUCGAGAUUGGGACGAUGACAACGACGAUGACAACUUUAUGGCACGCCGUUUCCGAAAUAAUUUCAGAGGACAAAGAUUUCGACCUGUAUAUCAGCCGCCGGCACAACGAGACUAUGUAAGAAAUAACCGACAAAUACCAACUGUUAAUCGCAUACCAGGCCGAAGACCGAACAGAUACGUGGCCUCACAAGUGAAGACACUUCAACGACAGAUUAAUAGAAGAAAUAAUCAAAAUGUUUACAGAGAUCGAAUGAGGCAAGUCCAUCAACGGCCUCAACCAACUUAUAGUAGCAAUCAAAGAAGUCAAAUCGUUCUGCCUUCCAGAAACGUUGUUUAUCAAAGACAAAUAAGACAACCCUCACGACAACAGACACGUGUACUGCCUCAGUCAAGAAUAAAUUACAGAAGAAAUACCGGCAACAAUCAAAUCGCUCGUAUUAACGCAAUACGGUAUCAAGGACGAAAUAGGCAAAUGCAACCUGAAUCACGUCCAAAUUACAACAGAAUGAAUAGUCGGGGUUCUAACGUCCAUGCCUACCGCAACGUUAGAAACUUCAGAGGUCAAGGUAGACUGCAACCCCGAGUAAUUGCAAGAAACAAUUGGCAUGAUAGUGAAAGUGAUGAUUAUGAUGAUAGCCGUGAUCAUGAUGACAGCCUUGAACGUGACGACAGCCGUGAUCGUGACAAUAGCCGUGAUAGUGACGAUAGCCGAGAUCGUGACAAUAGCCGUGAUCGUGACGAUAGCCGAGAUCGUGACAAUAGCCGUGAUCGUGACGAUAGCCGAGAUCGUGACACUAGCCGUGAUCGUGACGAUAGCCGAGAUCGUGACGACAGCCGUGAUCGCGAUGACAGUAAUAGCAAUGAUAUUGAUGAUGAUUUCCGACGACGUAGGAUAAUGAACUUAUGGCAACGAUUCAGACCAAUGAACAGAUUUGGUUAAGAUAAUCACCGUUUAAUCAUAUGUAUUUUUCUUCAAACAACCAGGAAUAGUACCUGUUUGCGUAUAUUAAUCAAAACAUGCACAAUCAAAAUGCACAUCAUACGAUGGAAUCUAUAGCGGGAUAAAGCAAGGCUCUACAAUCGGUCUUCGACAGUUCAAUUCAUAAACCUCUACAAGUUUGUAAAUGUAAUCUGUAUUGAGCACCCGAGUUUAGUUGCGAACCUACAAUGUGAUAGUGGCAUAGUGUAAGUCUAGCAUCAGAAUGUGAUCAGCGAAUAAAUUUUUCACAACAUGCCUGUUAUUAAUCAUGCAAAAGUAUCUUGUGAAUCCCAUACUUACAUAGUGUCAUAAAUUCUGUGAUGUAAGUGUUUGUCAAUUGUUUCAAACUAUAUCAUAUCAGUUGCAAUAAUCUCUGGAUUAAAACACAGUUUUGGCAAGUACAAUUUAAGUGUUUAAAGAAUGCUAAUUGCAUACUCUAUGCUUUACUUUUAUGUUUUUGUUAUUGUUUUAUUUGUUUGGUUUAUGGCGCACCAACACAAUUUAGCUCCUAUGGCACCGAAGCAGGAAAGAUGAUUUUGGCUAUCAUCGGGGGCUACAAACUUGAAGCAACACCAGGGGUUAAAACCACGUCAUCUGCUAAGAGAUGCACAGACUCUUGUAAUUUGAACCCAGUUAGUUGCCUCUUAAGAUUACGCGAGGAUGAACGGUGGCUGCAAUCUGAUGCCCCAACCCUUAAACCACCCUUCAGCCACAAGGCGAUCAUUUUAAUGACAGUGUUUAAUGUAAAUGUUUUGUUUGCUUACUGGAAUAAAUUAAUUUCGACAGAUUCUAUUCUGUACGAUAACUAGAAGUAAAUUUUGUUUUUACAUCAUUUUAUAUCCAGUUGUACGUUUUAAUUAAUUUGUUUUGUUAUUUUUAUAUUAUGCAACAAUAAAAACAUUGUUUUGUCAUUGUGUAAUUUGAUUAUCAAAACACAUUUUGCUCUGUUCGUUCUUUGUAUUGUAGCAUGAGACAUUGAUGGUUUGUGUUGCUUUCCCUACUUUUAUUUUGUUUUUUCAAUGAAAAAGUUUAAAAUAC